AGCUGCGUGGUAGCCGAUAUGUCAAAUGAAACUAUUAUAAUAACAAGAGGUGUAAUAGCAACACAAAACAUUGAUAGAAUAAAAACAAGAACGAAAGGAGGCCAGUGAAGAACCAUUUGCAUCAUAUUAGUUUACGGCCGAGUAAUAUUUUUGAAGAAAAACUGAACAGCAUUACGAUAGAGUCAACACACUUGGAGGAAAAAGUUAAUCAACGUAUUCAAGGAAACAUUGUUACGCCCCAAAAUGACCAUUCACAACUUGUACAUUUUCGAUAAAUACGGAACGUUACUUCACUACGGCGAAUGGAAUCGAAUCAAACAGUCCGGAAUAACCAAAGAAGAGGAAGCCAAACUGAUGUACGGAAUGUUGUUCUCGAUAAAGUCGUUUGUCAACAAAAUCUCACCGACCGAUUCGAAAGAGGGCUUCUUGUACUACAAAACGAACAAAUACGCGCUGCAUUACUACGAAACACCGUCUGGACUCAGAUUCGUUAUUAAUACCGACACAGCAUCAACAUCAGUCAAAGAAUUCCUUCAGCAGUACUACUCUAAGGUGUGGGUGGAAUACGUAGUGAAAAAUCCACUGUGGAACGGCGCACCCGUUACAUCCGAUUUAUUUAAGCAAAAAUCUGAUGAAUUUAUUAAACAAUCGGUUAUGUUUGCGUAAAAA